UCUAGUUCCAGGAGUCCUAUCUAUCCCAAGAUUUUGACCAUGUCAAGCAGAGAAAUGGAGGCCACCGACAGUGCUGGCAUGCACCCAAGGCAGGAUCCAACUGUCAAAUCAGAUGAAACUCCGAAUGCAGAUGCAAUCACUCCAGCCAAUGAAGAAUUCCUUGAUGUUAGUACUGAGGACAUUACUUCCUCGGGAGCAGAUGAGCAACAGGCCAGGAAGGAAAGACAGGACUUAUAUGAAGAAUUUGAAGGACCCCUUAAGAUCUUUCUUAAGGAAAACAGAGAAAGAAUUAGAUCGAUCAUCAAUGAGUCUUUCCAAAAUAUGCAGAAGAAAGUUGAGGAUGUUUUCAAAGUCCAGGGUGAACUAAGGCAGAAACUUUAUAAAGAGUAUUUUCUUCAGAUUAAGAAUUUGAAUAGGAAGUUAAACCUGGAUGCAGAUCAAGUCAAGAAACAGGCAGAAAAGCUCUCUAGAAUAUUUAAGGAGCAAUGCAACUUUGUUCUUCAGUCUCUGGUUCUUCAGAAGGAGAGAAUGGAAGAAUUUAAAUCUCUGUGUGAACAGUACUUGGAGAAACUUGAGAUGCUGAGAUACUCUGGGGGUAAAUUUGUGGCUGACGAGCUGAGGCGUCUCAUAGACACCUUGGAGAUGAAACUUCUGAUGGUGAAUCGCCAACAAGAGAAUAUUGCUGCUCGACUGUCUCUCCUCGAUGUGUUACUCUCAUAA